AUGAAGGAAGGACGGAAUGACGUUUUAAACAAUGUAAAUAUUCCAGACCAAAUACCCCGUGAUUUUUCAAAUAAUGGAUUAAAUAGGAAGAUACCUAAAUUUGACACGCCAACAUUUAGACCAAUAUCUUCUGCUUCUGACACAGAUUCUUUGUCCUCUUUAACUCGUAAAAGUCUUCUUGGAAUUGAACAAGACAAAACAAUUUUAAAUUUUGGAUAUGUUUCUAUUGGGGAAUCGUUGACUUUAAAACAAAAAAUUUGGAAUUGUGACAAUGAACAAAUGAAAAUAAAAUGCAGUAUUUUGGUUGAUGAAAGUUUGGAAGAUGGAAUUUUUAAGAUAACCAAUGUUUCUACCCCAAUAAUACGACCAGGAGAAUGGUGUGAAAUUUGUGUUCAAUAUACACCAACAAAAGUUGAAAGAAAUGCAGGAAGGCUUGUUAUUGAAAGAGAAAGUGGAAUUCGAUUUCGUUAUUCGUUUUCACUUUAUGGAGUUGGAGGGGGUGCUCUAUUAAGUUUAGAAGCAAAUUAUAAAGCUGGCAUUGCUUUUGAAUCUACAAGUGGAAGAGUAAUUGUAGUUAGGCCAGAUGUAUUUUCUCGUUUUUGGCUAAUUUUUGAAAAUAAAGGGCAAAGGUCAGCAUUUGUCAAUUUAAUUGCAAUUGACCGUCGGGGCAAUAUUUUGUCAAAAGAAGUUGGUUUAGAUCAACAACAAAUUUCAAUUAAACCAUCACAAUUUGUACUUGACUCUUAUUCUGAAGAUGGAGAUAAACAUAAAAUGGUAAACAUUUUAAUAUUUUCUGACUGUUUUUGGAGGGUUUUUGGAAUAAUUACACAAUUUUCUAUAAAAAGGAAUUUUUCAAAGACCUGA